GCUCGCACGCACACUCGUCCCACCACGCUCGUGAUUCGUCCCAUUACUCGCCCGCGUAAUCCGUGAAAUCCGAGUUUCCGCUCGUCCCAAUCGGAACGAAUUCUUUUUGCUGCGGUUUCGGCCGCAAUUGGUGUUGUAAUCAGUGGUUUUUGUGAUAUUGUGACAUGUUACAGAGCACCAGAAAAGGAAAAAGAUGUUAGAAGCGAAAAUUUUAAUCAUUAUAAAAAGAAAACGCGGGAGCAUGGAUGGGCCAUAGGAUGCGCGUCGUCUGGGCGCUCAUAUACUUCAUGGUCUCCGUAACCCCCACACACACCUUCAUCCCCGGAGCUGAUGGUCCGGUGAUAGCCCAGGAGGCGCUGGAGGGCGGCUCCACCUCCUUGUACUGCGACGCCUCCGCCGACCCCAACGACGAGCUCAUGCUUCUCGUCUGGUACAAGAACAACGCACCCAUCUACAGCUUCGACGCUCGCGACAACAAAGAAUGGAUCAAUCCUUUCUACAACGCCACCAAUCGUCUGAGGAUGGAUCUGCAGGUCCUGCCGACUGCGCUAAAUGUACUCGACGUUAAAAGCGACGACCAAGCCUUCUACCACUGCCGAGUCGACUUCUUCCUGGCACCAACUAGAAACAUCGGCGUGAACUUGACUGUCAUUGUUCUUCCAAGUCAGCCGUUCUUCAUGGACGAACUGGGCAAUAAGGUUGAAGAGAAGAUUGGGCCCUACCACGAGGGUGACACCCUAGUGCUGAGCUGUUUGGUGAUCGGUGGUCGUCCACCUCCGAAAAUCCACUGGUAUUCAGGAGAAGACCUUAUAGAUGCUUCAGAUAAUGACAGUGAUAUCCCUGGCGUGAAAGAGAACGAGCUGUAUCUCCCACUCACUCGAAGCAAUGCUGAAGCUCUUUCGUGCAGGGCGACGAAUACGCAUCUUGCGAAACCUGUGAUAACUGAUUUAGAGAUUGACUUAUAUUUACCGGCCUACAAUGUGUCAAUAAAUUGGGUGCAGGGACCCGUUGAGGGUUUGCUACAAUCUGGACGACCGGAGGUAGUCAAGUGUGUAGCUCGCGGCUCCUACCCAGCUCCCGAACUGUCUUGGUGGUUGGAUCACAAACAUCUGACGCAUCACAGCAAUCAGAGCUGGGACAACGCAACACGCACUGCGUCGUCGCACCUGCAGCUGACGCCGGCGGUGGGCGACCACGGCGCGACGCUCGCCUGCGUCGCUACCAACACCGCCAUGCCGCCGGGACGGGACUCAAAGGCUGACCUCGUCAUACUUAAUGUUACCUACAGUCCCAUAGUAGAAAUUACAAAACAAGGAGACGGAAGACUGGAAGAAGUAGUUGAAUUAGAAAGGCUACAGUUAGACUGUGAAGUAAAAGCCAAUCCGCCUGUUUUUAAGUAUAAAUGGUUUUAUAAUGAUUUAGAGAUAGGUGCAAACAGUCUUUGGGGCAGCAGCACGUCGUCCGCGACGCUGGUGGUGGAGGAGACGACGCGGGAGCUGGCCGGCCGCUACUGCUGCUCCGCGCUUAACGGCGUGGGCGAGACCAGGAGCGACACCCUCAAUAUCACCGUAUUGUAUCCCCCGGAGUGUUCAGAUGAAGGGAUAACGCUGGUUGAAGAGCAGCUAGAAUGUAUUGUCAGAAGCUUACCUGAAGCUGAAACCUACUUUUGGCACGUUCAGCCACCAGGUGAAGAAGUGCAGCAGCUUACCACGGAGUCAGCUAUUUUACCACUGGCAGAAAUUAGUGGCUCGCUGGCAACGACUUUGACUGCCAGCUGUGAAGCAACCAACGGAGUAUCUUCGCAAUAUCGGCCCUGUCAUAAAGUUUUUCAUUUCGAAAGCCUCAGGCCACCUCCACCUCAACAAUGUGAUCUGUCUUAUGAUGACCAAGAUGAGGAAUUUCAGAUGAGAUGUGUACCCGUUGAAAACGCAACGUACUACGAAGUAUCCGUAUGGCGUUUGUCAACAUCCAACUCGUCAUUGAUGUUGGAGCGCAAAGGUUCCAUGGGGUAUGGAACGGGCCGAGCUUUGGCCCUCGGAGGAGGUGGACCCUGGCUGGUUCGAGGGACCCUGGGAGAGCUCAGGCCUGGAGACGAGGCGGGAGCAGCUGCCUGCAACAGAUUUGGGUGCUCCGCAGCGCUUUUACUGCGACCUACGGAAAAAUUGCUAAGCGCCGCCGAAGGCACGUGGUGGAAAUAUAUAACGGAAACGGACGUUGGUAUUUCAAUAGGCGCAGUGGUGUUGGUGGCUGUCUUCACCGUAUCUUCUGCGAUAGCUGUGCGACUCGCCAGAAGAAAGAGAAGAAAACCAGCGCCAGUGAUACAAGUGGUACCGUUAGAAGAUAUACCGAGGGACUAUCUUGAUGCCCUUGGAGAUAAGACGCAAAUGCCGUGCAGUCUCCGCUCGUGCAGCAGUGGCUAUUCCGAAGGCUCGCUGGACUCAGCGCCACCUGUCGACCGCAGGAAGAAACCGCGGGUUUGGGACUUCGGUCAUCUUCGACCCCCACCUGAUGUUACGCUGACUCCUCAUAGGGAGAGUGCUGUAUGAUUAUAAAAUUGUAAAAUAUGUUGACUAAGUUAUUUAUAGAUAACUAAUAAAUUAUUUAAACAAUUA